AUGGAUUCUCCAUCGAUCAAUAUAACUUUUACUGUUCUUCGGUAUCCCAAAAUUGAAGAAUGUUAUCUGGAUUAUGCAAUACCUACGAAAAAUGAUUGGAAAAUGAGAAAGAAACUAUAUGAAUACUAUGUUGAUUUUAAUUAUCUUAGUAGUAUGGUUAGCAAAGAAAAUAAUAACUGCACUGUAUUGCUUAAUUUUAUUAAUGAUAAAGCCGACAUAUAUAGUAAUUUUAAGGAUUUGUGCCUUAAUAUGAAAACAAAUCAAUGCCCAAUAGUCGUCGAAAAUUAUAAUGAUUACGAUCCAAAAAACUUGGUACAUAAACUAAAGUGCUAUGAACCUGUGGUGGAUAGAAAUUUUAAAGGAACUACUUUUUCCGAAGAAAAAAAAGGUGUAGAUUUAUUUGUAGGACAAGAAAUGCAUCCCUCAAUACAAGAACAACUUGAGCAUGAAUUAAGAACAACUAUAACUGUUCAUGAGUCACAAUUAAGAGACAAUAGUUAUACAAGCUUAAAAAUAAUUGGUAAUAGUAUUCUUGCUGUAGUUUUGACUUUUAUAGGUUUUGGAGUUUUAUAUAAACUUACACCCGUAGGAAGGCAGUUACUCAAUAACACAAUAAAGUUAAGAAAUAUGAUAAGUAAUUUAAAUGGACAAAACCAUCGAAACAUUAAUUAUACAUUAGAGUCUUUUAAUUCAUUUUAUGAUCAUGCAAAUGAGGAAUACAGAGGAUAUAACCCAGUGUAA